GUCCAAUCACAAAACUGUUUGUUGGUUCUCCUUUCGAUCCAGGAGCGAUAUCGUAAACAAGAGCUGCGAAAGGCAACAGACAGUUUUAGAGAACUAUUUGACUCUAGAACCUUUGGGUUAUUCAGUAAACAUGAUCAGGAUCGUUGGCUUCUUACGGAGAACAUUUGGAAUUGUACGUGAGCCCGUCGGGACUGAUCAUUUGGGGAAUACAUAUUACAUAAUCCCCGAGCAGAAGACGUGGACAGGAAGGCACGUCCGUGCCAAGCGGAUGGUGGAGGCAGCCAAUCCUUCGGUGCACGAAUAUACGGAGGGCAGCAUUCCGAUAGAGUGGGAUGCUUGGAUCCGAGGCAGACGGAAGGAGCCCCCCACCAUCGAGGAGCUACUGAUGAAUGAGGCUCAGUUCAAGCAGAUCAAGCUGAAGGCCAAAGAGUUGGAGGAGAAGGAGCGGGCUCUGCAGGAUCAGGAGUAUAAGGAAGGUCUGGUGGCUGCUCCUGCAAGGACUGCAGCCAAGGGCCAUGCAGCUGCCACCAUCUUUGGCAAGCAGGAGGUCAGCGAGGAGCCAACGAGCACGGCGGACGCGUUCCAGCCUGGCUCCUGGAUGCCCACUUCAAAGAAACAGACCAAGAAAUCCACAUAGACUUGAGAAUUAUCAUUCAACGCAAUCCACAAUUUGCAGAAUAGGAUCUGGGAUAAAAACUGGGAAUGCGUUUGGUUGAAAUUUAAUAUUAGAGUUUCUUCUUGUGAUCGGGUUAUCAGAAUCAGAAACACCAGCUGCUUGAUGUUACACCGGUGUGAUUACUGUCUGAAUGUGAGAAAUAAAAUAUAUUCUGAGCAUGGAUUUGCUGAUGAAAAAAAGGAAGACAUUCAUGGAACAAGCAAGCUCUCUGAAACUGAAAAAUAAUUCAUAUGCUCUUUAGUCUUAACCCUCUCAGGCUCAAAAUAAGUUUUGAUAAAAGGACGAACAACUGAGUCCUUCAGGGGUACUUCUGAGUUAAAAAAUGCUCGUGAAAUAUGCAGAGUGACCAGGUAGGUACGUUUAACGUUGCAAAUCUGCAACGCCUGCCUCCAGAGGGUUAAUCAAGACCCUGUUUGGUCUGGUUUUAAGACUAUAGCAACACCAUUAUUAUCUAUAAACGUGUCACACUUUAUCUUUAUGAGUAUCAAAAGACUCUAAAUUGUCACUAGGUGACUCAUUUGUGUCCCAGUGAUGGACUGGUGACCCGCCUGAUGACAACUGGAGAAAGACGCCAGCUUCCCGCAACCCUACUGCGGUUCAGCUGAUCGGUUAGUGAUCUUUAUUCACCGCUAGAGGGUUAUUUAACUAGGAGUGCACAUAAAAACAAAGCCAACAAUUAGCAACCAGAGGCAUCAAAAUGUGAAAUUUAGUGGCUACAUUUAGGAAGAUAAAAGGAUUCACGGAUUCUGGUUCAGAGGACAAUAAAAUACACACUUCUAUUUGACCUGUUUAGAUUCAACCAUGACAUUUUUAUUUGUAUUAUUACAGAGUCAGCAUUUUGGUAGCAAGUGACUGUACUGGAAAACGUUCCGGUAUAAAAUCUUCAGCAGAGAGGGGGAUGUUAACAAUGGAAUGCAAGAUGUGACAACAGCUGCACAAUACGACAGGAGUUUGUACAAAAACAAACCCAUCAAACAUGACCACUAAGCUCCUGCUGACCAGAGUCCCACUGGGACAAGUCCCCUCCAGUCAGUGCUGUCCAUCGCAGCAACAUCGGGCCUGUGGGGCCAGUGUCCCUUCACACUGACAUGAGGCCUAACGGCCCUGAAUUGGUGGUAGGGCCGGGACGAGGAAGGGCACCGUGUCAUUAUUUGGAAUAGUUUUAUGCCCUCAUCCUGCCCUCCUCAACAGGUUCAGUCUUUCUUGGUCCGCUUGAUCUUAGCUAUGUUUUCCUGACGCUUUUGCUUCUUUUUUUGUUCACGAUCACGUGCCUCGAUCAUCUUGGCCAGCUUCCAGGACAGCAGGGCGCUGGCGAUGAAGAGAGGGGUCAGAGCCAAUAUGAUGGUGGUGAGGAAACCAUACGGGUCUUUGGCGGCCCACUCCACAACAUACUCUGCCCAUGCGCGGACAUCAAUCAUCCUGCCCUGCAACUUCUAGUCUUGAUAAAACC